GGGUCUCCAUGGACACGGUUUCUCCUAGCAACCUGGCGGGCGUUGAGCAGAGCCACCGGCGCGAUGGACGCAGAAAGCCUCCUGCUGUCACUGGAGUUGGCGUCUGGCAGUGGGCAGGGCCUUAGCCCAGACCGUCGGGCCGCGCUGCUCACUUCUCUCAUGCUGGUUAAACGCGACUACCGCUUCGAUCGGGUCCUCUUCUGGGGCCGCAUCCUCGGCCUCGUCGCCGAUUACUACAUCGCUCAGGGCGUGAGCGAGGAUCAGCUCGCACCGCGCAAGACCCUGUACAGCCUGAACUGCAUGGAGUGGAGCCUCCUGCCUCCCGCCACAAAGGAGAUGGAGAUACAGACAUCUGUGGUGAAGGGUCGCUUCAUGGGGGACCCCUCCCAUGAGUAUGAACACACUGAGCUGCAGAAGGUGAACGAUGGCGAGAAGGUCUUUGAGGAAGAAGUAGUGGUCCAGAUCAAGGAAGAGAUGCGCUUGGUGUCCAUUAUUGACCAGAUCGACAAGGCUGUGGCUGUCAUCCCCAGAGGCGCCCUCUUUAAAACCCCUUUUGGACCUAUCAAUGUCAAUCGGACCUUUGAAGGACUGUCCUUGUCCGAAGCCAAGAAGCUGAGUUCUUACUUCCACUUCAGGGAGCCUGUUGAGCUGAAGAACAAGACCUUGCUGGAGAAGGCUGAGCUCGACCCAUCCCUAGACUUCAUGGACUCUCUGGAGCACGACAUCCCCAAAGGGUCCUGGAGUGUCCAGAUGGAGAGAGGCAAUGCCUUGGUGGUGCUGCGCAGCCUGCUCUGGCCCGGCCUCACCUUCUACCACGCUCCUCGCACCAAGAACUAUGGCUACAUCUACGUGGGCACCGGCGAGAAGAACCUAGACCUGCCCUUCAUGCUGUAGGCAGGCUGCCCGGGGGGUGUGCAGUCUGAGCAGUGUUUUCAUAAAGGCGGUGGAUCUGGUCA